AAGUGUUAAAAUAAUUUUAUAUCUUACCAUAAUACAUACAUUUUACUAUCGAGUAACACGCAGCGAAUUGAAAUAAAAAAAUUGCAUAAUGUCUUGGAUAAGUCUGCUUGUCACAAUACUGUCACUAUAUCUGGUCACAUGUGAGGUCAUGGUCGAUGACAGGAACAGCAAAUGGCGCGAAAAUAAUGAAUUAUUGAAGAACGUGGACGGAUACUAUAAUAAGUUAGCGCGACGCACAACAGACGUGACUAACAAACAAAAGCGCUUUAUGUCAGUACUAUCUCUAGCGUUGUCUUACAAUGCGCUGAGUGACAUGCCGACAUCACUGCAAAGAGUACAGGAGGCAGUCACUUGGACAAGGGCUCAAUUAUACAAGCCAGCUGAUGCUUUAGGUGGGGAGACAGCUGCGUCACUGGCUUUGCUUAGAGCUGCUAUUGACCAGCCAAUAAACGAUAUAAAAGCGAGCUGUCUACCGAACACCGAAGAAGAAGAAUGUCUGCGCAAAUUAAGAAUGUACCGAGAGGUGAAUUUUGAACAAUGCUUCGAAUACGAUAGGAAUUUGGAAUUAUACGAGAAAGCUAAAAACUUCUUCAAUGAUCCACAAUUUAUUGAUUUCUAUAAAGAUAUAACAGAAAUAUCUGAUAAUGACGAUGAAGUUGCAUUGUCGUAUUUUAUUAAUAUUGCGUUAGUUAAAUUUCCAAAUUUAAUUGAAAAAGGUAGAGAUAUUUUACGUACACGGGCUUAUACAAAUUACCCUUGUAACAGUUUAAACUUACCGUUGUAUUAA